CUAGUUCCAACAUACCUGCAAGGAACCAUGGGCUCAAUAGCACCAGACAUGCCACAAACAAACGGCACAAACAACGUGCAGAAUGGCACUCAUCCUACACCCCUCAACAUAGCCAUAGUCGGCGCAGGCAUCGGUGGUCUCAGCGCCGCAAUCUUCCUCCGCCAGCAAGGUCACUACGUGACACUGUACGAGCAAUCCAGAUUCGCCAACGAGUUAGGCGCUGCCGUCCACCUGGCUCCCAAUGCAUCCAGCCUGCUUCGACGUGUCGGGAUAAAUCCGGAGGACCAGGGCGCCAAUCCGACAUUGUCGCUCGCACAGUACAAGCCAAAUGGCGAGACGAUGUUCCACGUAGAUGUGACGAAAAUGAGUGGGAUGUGGCAGGAUACCUGGUAUUUUGCUCACAGGGUGCACUUGCAUUCGGAGCUGAAACGGGUAGCUACAGCUGAGGAAGGGAAAGGCAGGCCGGCAGUGUUGAAGACUUCCUCACGAGUUCUGGAUGUCAGCAACGAUGGAAGAGUGAUAUGCGAAAGCGGCGAAGAGAUUCAGGCCGACGUUGUCGUGGGAGCGGAUGGUGUGCACUCAAAAACUCGAGCGAAGCUCCCCGGCGCUGAAGGAAUAAAAAAUUUCGGCUCGGGGAAGAGUGCAUUCAGAUUCCUGAUGCCACGCGAGAAGGCCCUGGCAGACCCUGAGACGAAGAGAUUUGCGGAGAAGGAAGGUCAUCUUGGGAUGUUCUUUGCACAAGACCGAAGGGUGAUCAUCUAUCCCACGACCAACAACACGUUGCUGAACUUUGUGUGUAUUCAUCCAACAGCGGAGUCAGAAAUUGAUCGAAGCGGUGAUGGUGAAUGGAGUCAGCAAGGUCACAAGUCUAAGCUACUGGAGGUCUACAAAGAUUUCGACCCAGCCCUUGUGAAAUUAUUGAGCUUGGCUGAUGAAGACACGCUGAAAGUCUGGGAACUUCUAGACAUGGAGAAUUUACCGACAUGGACUGACGGUAAAUUGGUGCUGAUUGGAGACGCUGCUCACCCCUUCACUCCGCAUCAAGGACAAGGUGCAGCUCAGGCUAUAGAAGAUGCUGCCUCUCUCGGAGUCGUUCUUCCCCUUGGAACCCCUCUCGAAGAAAUACCAGAGCGCUUGAAGCUGUACGAAAAAUGUCGAUAUGAGCGAGCAUCGAAGAUCCAAGAGUACUCUCGUUUGGCUGGAAGAGACCUCGGAACAGGCCCGCCACUAGACACUACCGAGUACACUGGCUACAACUUCGGCCACGAUGAAUGGGACUUCUCUACCCAGAAGCUUCGAGAACACCUCUGGGCGCGCAAGCCUAAUCUAUACUGGAGAGCCCCGGUAUCGUUUGGACCCGCGCCCGGCCCUCGUCAAGACCAUAUUGGCAAUCCUCGAGAUGGGAGAAAUAGCAAGUUCCGAACUGCAUCCAUCAAAUUCGCGACUUCUCGCACCGUUCUUCAGGGGCUGUUCCCUUCCGCAAACUUCCGCUUCCCAUCACCCGCUACCCGCGUCCUUGCUACUCUUUCAGUGACGACUCUCGGCAAUCUGGAGUGGCUCGGGGGAAGGGGAUACUCUAUGCUGGGUCUGUACAUCCAUGGUGUCCUGCACAAGGCAGAAGACGGUACGGUCCGUACUGGAAGCUACCUUCCCGUACUUUUCGAAGACCUUGCCGACCCUAUCCUCAGCGGAAGGGAAGAACUUGGCAUGCCUAAGGUCUGGAGCGAGCUGGGAAUUGAACAAAAUACCGCAGGCGCGUCGUUUGAUGCAACCGCGUCCUGGCUAGGCUCAAAGUUCUUUGACUUUAAGAUCAAUGGGCUGGCAGAGGUGAUGGGCGCGGACCAAGUGCAACCGCCCGCAUCAUCUGAGAAUGAGGGACUUUUGUGGUAUAAGAGCAUUCCAUCGACUGGUCCACCAUCGGCGAAGUCGUCCCGAGCAGUUGAUUCUUCCUACGCGGUGUUCCUACCUAACGUGGAGGAAAGUAAAGUGGAGAAGAAGAUAGAGAAAACAUGGAGAGGUAGCGGGUCGUUCAGCUUUACGAAGCUGGACGAGAAAGCAUUGCCAACUUUACAUCAUGUUGUGGAGAGGCUGGCAGAGAUACCAGUAUUUGGAGUUGUGGAAGCUACGGUGGUAGAAGGAACGGGUGUCAGUGAUGUGAAGUCUGCACAACGAAUCUAA